AUGUUGCGAGAGGCGACAGCAGCCAAAAGUGACUACAGCGCAUCGCAGCCACCGUGUCGGUCGACCGAAUCGUCACCCACUCUUUUCGCAUCGCACAUCGAAUCAUCACCGCACCAAUUCCGCUUUCCUCUUCUUCGUCUCGGUUUCGUCAGUCAUACAGUCAUCCACAGGCUGAGAGGAUCCAAACGCUCUUGCCUUUCUCGGCUCCUCCGCUUCAUCGACGAUUCAGGCAUCGUGGGACGACCGACUUCAUUCAACCUCGUCGCUUCCGGCGUCGCCUAUCUCUACAUCUCUCUCUUCCCUUCACCCACGGCUCAUUCGACCGAGCUCAGAGCGCAGUCUCUCGGUAUCCUCGGCUUCUCCCCCAUCGCCUCAGCCUCAAACGAUCGGCCCUCUCCGUUCGGUCCGGACUGA